AUGUUUGUUUUCCUUGCAGCAUAUGCCCCCGAGUUGUUCCUCCAUCUCCCGCAGAUCCUUAUCAAACCUCAGUUUGGGAACGUUCUCGCCUAUGAGCUUUGCAAGCAGCAGCUACAACAACACUCAAUGUGGCAACCAACGGAUGAAGACCACGACAUCGAAUCGAACAUAAUAUACGGGUGCGACAUGGGAACGCGGGAAGCUUAA